ACUGUCAUGAACUUGUGCUAAAAUGAUUGUUGGUACAUGUAUGUAGGCAGUGGUACGGUGGAUUUCGAAGAGUUUUUAGUCAUGAUGGUGAGAUGCAUGAAAGAUGACAGCAAAGGAAAGUCGGAGGAAGAACUGGCAGAACUCUUCCGUAUGUUUGAUAAGAAUGCAGAUGGGUACAUUGAUCUUGAUGAACUGAAGCUGAUGCUGGAAGCUACAGGUGAAGCAAUCACUGAAGAUGACAUUGAGGAACUGAUGAGGGACGGAGACAAAAACAAUGAUGGAAAAAUUGAUUAUGAUGAGUUCUUGGAGUUCAUGAAAGGGGUGGAAUAAAUGAUGAAGGAAUGUCUUCCUGGUGUUUCUCCCUGGAUUGUCACAAGAAAGCAUAGUAUAUAUUCAAGCUAGAUGAGAGAGGAGAAUUUGUCAGUCUACGAUGUAUCUAUUAAUAUGACUAUAAUUUUCAGGACAAUAUUUUAAGAAGCUUCAUUUAUUGUACACACUUGAAAACAUAUUUUGAAGUCAAGGCCAAGUUGUGUAGAUUUAAGACUUUCCUUGGGUUUAAUUUGUCUACUAAUUCAUUCUUUUACUGAAAACAUUUUAUCUUCACAUUUAUUUAGUAAAUCAGUUUAUGAUUAGAUAUACAUUGAUCAGACUUGGAAUCUGAGCCUAAAUGUUUGCGUGACUAAAGGCUAAUUUCAAAUAUUAAAAAGGUGCUCAAAGUGUGUCUGACAUUCUGCUCUAUUCCUCAAAUUAUUUCUCAAAUUUAAUUACAUUCUACUACAGUCUGUUUUAUGCUGGGAAAGAAAUAACUAUCCUAAAAGGAAUUCCCAUAAUCCACAUCUUUCAAUAUUUUUUUGUAAAACUGAGUUUACAUUUGACAGUGUAUUGUUUUCAAGCCUAUCUGUCAAAUUAACAAAAUGCUACUUGUCUGCUUGUUCAUGAAAAUAGAAUAAAGCUUUUGAGAAUUU